AUGGACAAUGCGCCGUAUCACUCCAGGAAGUUGGAAAAAAUUCCAAACAAUUCUGAAAAUAAGGAAAAAAUAAAGGAGUGGUUGCGUUCAAAGGAUAUUUACUUCGAAGAAGAUUACCUAAAAUCCGAACUGUUGGACGAUGUAGCUCAUUUUAAAUCGCAGUAUGAUGAGCGUAUCGUAGAUAAAAUUGCAAAAAGUAAGAAUGUUAAGUUGCUAAGAUUACCUCCAUAUCAAUGUGAACUAAAUCCGAUAGAGCUGGUAUGGAGUGAAAUAAAAAGGGUUUUGGCAAGACACAAUACAAAUUUUAAGAAGGAAGAAGUAGAAAAUCUAAUACAUGAAGCGUACUCUCAAGUUACUCCACAAAAAUGGAAUAAUUACGUGCAACACGUAAUUAGCGUAGAAAAACGGAUGUGGAAUAUCGAUAAUUUACUGGACAAUUUAGAUCCAGUUAUAAUAAACCUUAAUGACGACAGUGGCAGUGAAAGUGAGGAAGAUGGGAGUAUAGAAGAAGUCUAA